GCCACCGUCCUUAGGGGCUCGGCUCUCCAGCUCCGCCCGAAAGAAGUGCGGGAGGGAUUUUUCGUAGCUCGGUGACGGGAGGCAAGGCGAGCAAGAGAACGAGGGAGAUGGAGCGUCGUCGUUGAGGGAAGGAUCCUGAGGCAUUGAGAAUGUAAUUCUUGAAUGAAGAUGUUGUCCAGCUAUCUCAUAAAGAAUUUACAGCUGAAUGGGGCCUUUGGCUGUGAGUGAGAAAUUUUGAGAACACACCCCUUCCCAGUUUUUCAACUAGGUCCAAAAGUUCAUUUUCCUGACAAGUAAGCUGCAGAGUCUCUGUAAUUCCUAGAGGAGUUUUUUUGUCAUCUGAACUGCUUUAGUGCAAACCAUCAAGUGAGCCAACAAGAAGAUGCUGCGCUACUGGGGUGAGAUCCCAAUCUCCUCUAACCAAGCCAACCGCAGCUCCUUUGACUUGCUUCAGCGGGAGUUUCGUACUGUGGAGGUCCAGGAUCCUCCACUGCAUCAGCCUUCAGCCAACAAGCCCAGGCCCACUACCAUGUUGGACAUCCCUUCAGAGCCCUGUAGCCUCACAAUUCACACCAUCCAGCUUAUACAGCACAACCGACGGUUGCGUAGUCUGAUUGCCAUGGCUCAGACUCAGAACCAGCAGCAAGUGGAAGGCAUCAAAAUGGAAGAAAGUGAGCCACUGCCAACCCGCCCAGUUUCCCCACCUCUCCCUGAUGACUUGCUUCCACUAGAUAGUAAAACACCCAAAAUGCCAUUCCAGCUAAGGCACAGUGAUCCAGAAAGUGACUUUUACAGGGGCAAAGGAGAGCCAGUAACAGAGCUGAGUUGGACCUCUUGCCGCCAGCUUCUCUACCAGUCUGUCGCUACCAUUUUGGCUCAUGCAGGCUUUGAAAGUGCCAAUGAGAGCGUCCUAGAGACCCUGACAGACAUUGCUCAUGAGUACUGCUUGAAGUUCACCAAGCUCCUGCGUUUUGCUGUGGACCGUGAAGCUCGGCUUGGGCAGACCCCUUUCCCUGAUGUCAUGGAACAGGUUUUCCAUGAAGUGGGUAUUGGGAGUGUGCUCUCUCUGCAGAAGUUCUGGCAACACCGGAUUAAAGAUUACCACAGCUACAUGCUACAGGUCAGCAAGCAACUCUCUGAAGAGUAUGAAAAACUUGUCAAUCCUGAGAAGGCAGCUGAAGACAUGAAACCUGUGAAGAUCAAGGAGGAGCCUGUCAGUGACAUCACAUUUCCCAUGAGUGAGGAGCUGGAGGGAGACCUAGCAUCUGGUGACCAGUCUUUGCCUGUGGGAGUGCUUGGAGCUCAGAGUGAGCGUUUUUCUGCCAAUCUGGAAGCAGAAGCGUCUCCACAGACUUCAGGUGGUGAGGUAAACACUUCCCCUCUGUGGAACUUGGCCCCUGUGAAAAUGGAGCCCCAAGAGAGCGAGGAAGGCAACGUUCAUGGACAUCAUGGGGUUCUGAGCAGUGAUGUGUUUGAGGAGCCCAUGUCAGGAAUGAGUGAAGCUGGCAUGCCCCAGAGCCCGAAUGGCUCUGAGAGCAGUUACGGUUCUCAUUCUGCUGAUAGCCUGAUGGGUUCCUCGCCAGUUUUCAAUCAGCGGAGCAAGAAGAAAAUGAAGAAGAUGUGAAUUAUGGUUUGUGGGGAAUGAUAAAUUAAGCUGAUGGAGCAAAGAUCAUAGCUGGCACACAGGACUCUCUGAUCAAGAAAAUAAGCUGCAGUUUGGUGGAGAUGCUGGACAAUAUCCAGCUUUGGCCAUCUGCUCUCCCAAUCCUUUCUCCACACUUGAGCUUUAUAAAAGCCUGCUCUAGAGGGCUGAAAAAAAACUAUGUUGUUAGCAUCUGUAUAAACUUGAGAAAGAAAGGGGUGAAAAUCCCCACACCGUCAGCACUGCACUGGAUUUAUGCCACUGUUUUGGAUGUUCCCUGCAGUGCUUCACCUUUACUACCCCUUGCUUUUCCUUUGGGGUCCCUACUUAAUAAGUGACCAGGUAGCUUACAACGGAAGUUGGCAGUUUUUCAACACAUGCCCAUCGUCCAUCACUGGAUGGUGUGGCAGAAAGAGAAACGUGGAUGACUGUUACUGAGGAAGGGGCAGAAACCAUUUGCUAGAGCCAACUGUGGCAAGUAAGAGUGUUUGGUUCAUUCCAUUGGGGAUAAAAAUGUCAUUUGUGACUCAGCUCAGUUAUCAGCCAGUCAGACAGCUAUUCUGCUUAACAGAUUGAAAUGAAUUGUAUAACUUGAAUUAUGACACUAACAGUUGUAUAAAUCUGCAAUGAAUGGUGGAUAGAAUCUUUAAAAUGUAUCAAUAGUGUUUUUUAAGAAGGAAAAAUUGGGUGGUCCUAAGAAUGUGAAUCUGUAGCAAAAACUAUAAGGUCCAAUAAAACUGAAAUGGAGUGUAUGGAUUUCUGCACAGUAAAUUUUUAUUUUGGAAGAACAAGUUUCUGCCCCAGUAGUUCUGUUUGCCUAGUUUAGGGACAAGAAAUGGGUUGGUGAAUUGAAGUUCUCAUUAUCCCUAACCAGCAAUGGUGAGGGAUGAUUGGAGUUGUCGUCCAGUGCCAGUUGAGGAACGUGUUUUCUUACUUGAUCUACGUAUAUUAGAGUUAGUCUUGCCAUUUUUAUUGUUCGUAAUAAAGGUUUGUUUUCAUUGUACCAAAGUAAAAUGUCUGUGUGUAAUUUUACUUGUUUUAAAAUAGAAAAGCCAUCUGUACUAUCAUAACAUAAAUUCUGUUCUGAGACUAGGCUGGUUCUGUGACCUUUGCUAAUUAUGCAAAUAAGUGAUCUUUUUAAAAAAUCAUAUAAUUCUUCUUCUGAUAAUCAUACAGAAGGGUGAUAAAUUGUGCAAGAAACUGGAACCCUUUCCUAAUUGUGGGAAGUGUUAUUUUGCUCCUAUGCAGCUGAUGUAGUUACCCAGGAUUACAUAUGUCUGUAAGAGCAGACUGGCCCCUUAAUUUUUACCAGUUUUGUACCUGCAUUUUUUUAAAAGAUUGAUUGUUCACUGCUUACAAAUGAGUUCUGAAGGAUAAAAUACUUUGAGUGCUUCAGAAACGUGGCAUCUCAGUUUUCUUUAAAUACACUGAAUGCUAGUAUUGUUUUCCUGCUCUUCUGAGAAAAUUGUUUAUUGUUGGCUUCAGUGUUGAUUUUGAAAGGUUUUUUUUAGAACUGUUGUCAUUAGGAAUAUUUCAGUACUGUUGAUUUUUCUUUAAAGGUGGCUGCCGUUAAAGUUAUUUAAGGGAGGUUUUUGCAGCUUUAAAAUAUAUACAUAAAUCCACAAUCCAGUAUCCUGUUGAGGAAACAUGGAGUAGUGAGAGGGCACUACUGUAGAUGUUUCUCUUGCUCCAGCAGGUCCUUCUUUGUGUAUCAGUUCUUUCACUGUUUGCAAGAUUGGCUGUGUGACUAGUCACUAGUUGCACAUUUCUGUGUGGGGGUGUUUGCCAGAGCAAAGAAAUACAGUGGUGCCCC